AUGGAUGCCAUGAACAGAAUGUGGACCUGUUCAGGGUUAAGGCUGAAAGGAUGGAUCAUGGUGUCUCCCCACCUAGGGGAGAAACCUGGGUGUGGCCAUGGAAACUGGCCUGGUCCAUCUGAAAGGAAUUAUCACCAUUGCUGCUGGGUCACAGGAGGACAACAUACAGAGAAGACAGCUGGCAAGUUAUAUGAUUAUCCCAUCUCUACUAUCAGGGUAGCUAGUCUGGGAUUCUUCACAUCCCUGAGGGUGCUGAAUGAAGGCUUUGUGGAUAAUGGGUCUCAGACCACCCUUCCACCAGCCACAUCCAACCAGGACAUCGUCUCUGAAUUCUUGCUCCUGGGCUUCUCUCCACACCCAGACCAGCAGCCUCUCCUCUUUGGGCUCUUCCUGGCCAUGUACCUGGUCAUCAUGCUGGGGAACAUGCACAUCAUCCUGGCCAUUGUGCCUCACCUCCACACCCCCAUGUACUUCUUCCUGGCCAACCUGUCCUUCAUCAACACCUGCUUCUCCUGCACCAUUGUCCCCAAAGUGCUGGUCAACGUCCAGACCCAGCACCACACCAUCUUCUACACUGGGUGCCUCAUGCAGAUGUACUUCUUCAUGGCAUUGGCCCUGCUGGAUGACUUCCUCCUGGCUGUGAUGACAUAUGACCACUACAUGGAUUGCCUCCCUCUUCAUUACACCCUGAUCAUGUGUCCCCAGCACUGCCUGCUGCAGGUCACCACAUGCUGGCUCUUUUCCCAUCACCUAACCUGCUCUCUCAUGCUCCUCAUGUCUCAGUUCUCCUUCUGUGCCACCCAUUCCAUCCCACAAUUAUUCUGCAAUUUUCUCCCACUCCUCAACCUUGCCUGCUCAGAAACCCACAUCUUUCAGGUCAUGAUGUUUACAGCAGGAGCACUCUCAGGCAUUAUCCCUCUCACCCGUGUCCUGGUCUCUUAUGCCCACAUCAUCCACACCAUCCUCAGGGUCCCCUCUGUGGGGGGAAAGCACAAAGUCUUCUAUACCUGUGGUGCAUACCUUAUAGUCAUCACUCUCUUCUAUGGGACACUCUUUCUUGUCUAUUUCCAGCCUUCAUUAUCCUAUUCUGCAGACACUGCAACGGGGGCCUCUGUGGUAUACAUCACAGUCACCCCCAUGCUGAACCCCUUUAUCUACAGCCUGAGGGACAGAGGCAUGAAGUACACCUUGUGUGACUUGUUUUGUGUGGAAGAUGCUCCACCCCAUAAAAUUCCUUCCCUAAAGUGGAGGCAGAGAUUUUAA